AUGGAUCAAACAUCGUGGCUGGAUCUCUCAGCUGAUGGCGAUACACCAACCUCGCCAUCGCCACCACAAUCUCCUCCAAGCAGCCCAUCCAAACUCACUCGAUCGAAAUCCAUCAUCGAGCGCGUCGCCAGCAGAGCCUCCGAAUAUUCCAUAUCCCCCAACACUUCGCGUAGUGAAGACCAGCUCGUUGGUCGCUCUGGUCUCCCACCCUGGGACCGAACCGUAGACAUUGUCUACCACAAAUACAAGCAUGGAGAUGCCAAACCCGACAAAAGUGUAGCCUUGAAGGCACUGACCAACAAGUUCUUCGCGUUACACAAGAGACAAAAAACAUUUCCUGAGCACGUUCGCCGCCUUAUCCUUGAGAAUCUCGUCGCGUCUUACGAGGUUUUGGGAUCCAAGCCCAUUAGCCUCAAUAGAUUCAUCUGGGACCAAGACUGCUGGGAGCCAUCGGACUUCAUCCCUCUCGGCGAAGUUCUUGCGACCUUCCGCCCUUACUUGAGCGUCUCAUUCGACUUCUAUGCCACUCUCUUCGUGGCAAUAUUGUCGGGGAAUUCUUUUCACGUUACUUUCUCCCCAUUCAUCGCACCGAGACUCAAUCCCCUAGCCACCACGUGGCUUAACAAGUACGGCGUUUUCAUCAAGUCUCUCGUUAUUGAGGUCGAUCUAUCCCGUCUAGGUCUUGGUCCUACCCCUCAAGCCAUCGAUUUAUUCCCCGGUACUGGCCAUCUUCAACGUCUGCUUCUCGAGUUUAGUUUGUCUCAGCUCGAAAGAGCCCCAGAAGCUCCCCUUGAGGCUCUCAUUCUCGUGUGUCGUCGGUUUCACGGCGAAAGAGAGGACAUUCCUGAUCCACCCGAAGACAUCUCAGAAAGCAAAAUCUCUGUCAGAGCUAGUUCUGCCAGCCCUCAAAACCAGUACUCGUCUGCUGAAAGUUCUGGCAGGCAGUCUUCUUGUGAUCUUUCUGAGAGAACAGUUCGGGUCGUCUCUCCAGCCCCAGAAGACUUCUUUGAGAAUUCUGAGCUUGAAUUCGAGUACGAUGACGAAGAAGAAGAAGAACAAGAUGGCGAUGAUGAACAUACCAACUGGGACGAAGACUCAGACGAAGGCUACGUUGUCAACAUGUCCUUCGAAAGCAGCGAAGAGUCCUCCGACUCCUUCUCCAGCUCAGAUUCCUCCUCAAACCCCGACACAAGUCUAGCCCUUCCGCCAUCCAUCCAAGAAGAAGACCUGUCAUACUGCCCAGACAAACAUCUCUCUAUAUGCAAUCACCUCCUCCGCCUCCGCAACAAGGUCACUUCCCUCCGCAUCGCCGGCUUCAGCGAGGCGUAUUCCCACGCCUUCAUCGCCACCCUAUUUCCCGAGGCCAAAUUCCUUCCUCUAGCACAACAUUCCUACCGUGUUGCGCCAUCUACCUUCUGGCCUCGUCUUCGUGGCCAGAAAUCUUGGGUUGACGCCGGUCAAGGAACUCUCAUACUAGACGACCACGAGGUCAUGCCAGAGCCUUGCAUCUUUCCCGAAGGUCCUUUUCAGCUACCACCACCAAUCGUCUAUAAAUCAAGCAUUAAAUCGUUUCCAAUGGGUCUCGAGACGACAACCCGCCCGAGGAACAAUACUGUCAGCUCGGGCUCGAGCUUGCCGUCUCAGAAAAGUUUGGAGAGCAACGAAGAGGCAAACACUUCGAAAAGCUCGCGAUCUAGCUGUGAGAAGUCCAAGGUUCAAAAGCUUUUGGACAGGUGCAAGGAAAAAUCGAGACGUAGGCCGAGGCCAACAUCGGCACCUUGAUCGCUAGAUGUAUUCAUUCGUGUUCAACGUUUUGAGUAGUGCCGCAACAGAAAAGUAUUAAGGUAGUAUUUGUGUUAAUUAGUGGACAAAUCUAUAUACCAUGAGACGCUUAUAAAACAUUGUCGCUUUUUAUCAUCUAAUAUGC